GUGUAACUUGUCCUGUUGGGGGCUGCACGAAGCUGUACAUGUAUGUUAUGUUGCUAUUGCUAAUAUAAAGUAAAGUUAUAAACGGAAUGACGUCUCUGUUCUUGAAUGACUUUUAUAUUGAAAAGAGGAAGCAAAUCUCCUAAAAUUAUUCCGCCAAAACCGGUGACAAUAUGACAGCGCGUGUCCGAAUGGCUGAGAAUGGUGCUCAGGUGGUAUCCAGGCUUGAGGGGCGACAGUCAUUGAAGGAUAUUGAGUCUAAUAUAUUUCCAAUGGAUUGUGGCCCAAGGCAAGGUGAUAUUGUGGAGUUUUAUGGCAUGGAGGGGACAGGUAAGACAGAAACCUUGUACCACCUGAUCACCCGCUGCAUCAUGCCAGUGCAGAGUGGAGGUCUAGAGGUGGGCGUGGUCUUCAUCGAUACUGACUACCACUUUGACAUGCUGCGGUUAGUGAGCAUUUUAGAGGGACGUUUGAACGAAUAUUCAAAGGAAGGUUAUGGUUCUGAGAAUGAACUUGAGGAAGUAUGUUCAUGUCUGCGCAGACUGUCUGUUGUGCACUGCAACAGCUCAGCGCAGCUCCUUCUCACCCUGCAUUACCUAGAGAACUCUUUCACCAUCCAGUCUUUCCCUGCUUUGCUGGUCAUCGACAGCAUCUCUGCCUUCUACUGGGUGGAUCGAUACAGUGGUGGCGAUAGUAUAGUUUUUCAGGAAGCUAACCUGAAGAAGUGCACCAACUUGCUGGAUAAGUUACGAAAAAACUAUGGCAUUGUGAUUUUUGCCACCACCAAUGCAAUCAUGAGAAACUAUGGCACAGCAUCUGAUUCAGGAUUGUCAGAUGUGCCUGGCUCUUCAUUAUCUUGGAGGUGGAAGUCUGUUGACAGUGCUACAGACUUUAACAAACCCUACUUGUGCAGAGCUUGGCAGAGAAUAGUAACUCACAGACUGCUGUUUACUAAAAGCCAUGUGUCAAAUGACCAAAAACAAGUUUUUUCCACAGCAUGUACCAGCAUAAUGACAAAGGGUGUCAAAAAAAGCUUGUUUAAUGUCAUGGAAGAUGGUAUUAAAUAUUUAUGUGACAAGUGAGUCCAGGGGACACAUGCUUUUAAACUGUUACAUAAAGUUACGAUGGUGUAUGCUAACUAUGCUUUUCUAUUUUGUGCAAGAAAAUGUUGCAGAUCUGUUUAAAAAGUACACUUACUUUAGUAAUUAAAAUUAAAGAGAAAACAUUUAUGGAACAUUACUGAAGAAAACUACCUUUGUAAUCACUUUUCACAAAGUUAAUCAAUCAUUUUUUUUUAAAUGAAAAUAAAAGUUUUGGAGUUUGUAUAACAAACGUGAAUUGUGUGUGUUAUUGAUGGGAACUGUACUAUUACUAUUUGUGAUCAGGAAAAAAAUAAAGUAAUA